AUGAUACCUCCACAUGUUUCAGCACUCCAAGAACUAAUCGGAUUCAUCUAUGACAAUAUUACUCUUGAAAACCCAACGAACAAAAUGUAUUGGAUAGCAGAUGUCAAGCCUAAUGAAGAACCCAUACCACUACGAAUCAGAGGAGAUGCUAUAGAGGCAGUGGCCGACCCAAGGAAAGAACAAUCUCUAGAUGCCAAAAUGACAGUAAAUCUAUGCUACACUGUAACUGGAUAUGUUGCACUCCCAGCCAGAAAAUCCAGGAGGGUGGUCCGGCAUGACGCAUCUGUACGUCUCGACGACACAGCCCUGUUCGAACCUCUCUGUGACCCAGACAUCCCAUCCUACUUUUAUGAUUUUGCUACAUACGACAUCCUCCUGGCCAGAAAAUUAAACCCAAAACAAUUGAGCGACUAUAUAGGCCGUGUUGAGACAAUAUCUCCUCCACUAAUCCGAAAAGCAAAAAGAAUAAAAAAAGUGAAAAUACAAGACCAAUGGGCACACAUAAUGGAAAUCACUUUCUGGGAUGAAUCCAUCUUCCCAUAUCAGAGAGAGGAAGCAGUUGGCAAGGUUCUAGCAGUUACUGCUACAUUGGUAACUGAAUAUCAAAACAACUUGCAGUUGGAAACUACAGAGGCAACAUCAACGUUCCUCAACCCACGAAUCCCAAAUUUACAAAGUAUAACUGACAGAUUCAAUCAGCUCAAACACCCAACAGAUGUGCAACAAAACCAACAAACCAUGUCCAUCCAUCAAAUAGUAAACAAGUUCAAAGAUGAUCCAAUGCAUAACAAGUUUACCUGCACAACAAGUGUCACAGAAAUCACAUUGCACCGUAAGUGGUACUAUGUUACAUGUCCGCGUUGUCCAAAAAAAUUAUUCCUACAGAAAGGAAUAAUCCCACGGUUUGUAUGUGAAGACGAUGGCUAUGUUCCUGAACCAAAUUUCAUGUAUUGUGUAAACACAACAAUUGCAGAUGAAAGUACAAAUGCAAAAGCUAUAUUCUUCAAUGACGCCAUGACACAAAUGCUUGAAAAAAGUUGCCACGACAUGGUCAUCACACAUGGACAUUCAGACCUGGACAUAAUUCCCCCAGAAAUACUCGACAUACGAGGAAAAACUAUGGUCAUCGAUAUUGCUAUGAAGAAGGACGGAACAAUGGCAAUUAACAAGGCAAUACCACAAACGACACUCGAACAAGUAACACCAAAUCCCAAGGCAACAGUAAAAAGACAUCUGCCAUCAUCACAGGCACUUGACAUGCCGCGUAAACAAAAGAAAACCAUUCAAACAAUGUCGUCUGAGAGACUCACAGAGUAUGAGCGCAAACGCCUUGAAAACAUCAAGCGCAACGACGAACAGCUCGCCUCUCUCAACAUCCGCUCCAAGCUUGCUGAUCUAUCUACAUUAACCAAGCGCCACAGGGAACAGACUAAUAGACCACAGAAGAAAGCAAAAUCCGAAAUCCCAAUUGUAACCCGUAGAUCUCUAAGAAACCAAGGAGAAAAGCCAGAAUCUACAGGUUUAAUAGAUAAUUUCUACCAAGCGCCUGAGAAACAAAAAUCGCCCAAAUCAAAAGUUGAGUCUGAGAAACAAAAAUCGCCCAAAUCAAAAGUUACGCUUGAGAAAUGCGCUCAAAAAUUGAAGCCACUUAGUAUGAGAGAAGUGAGUGCUUCUUCUAAACCAGAUGAACCACUUGUCAAGAAGAUUCUGAGCGUAUCUGAGGAGUCGCGAUCAAAAGGGGUAAACAAGGAUGCUGGAAUUAGGGUUAGAUCUUCGAUUGAUUUGGAGUCGAUGAAGUUGAUUCCAGAAAAUAUUGCUAGUGUUGUAACUAACAAGAUACUGUCAGUUAAAUUCUUUCCAUCUGCAGAUAUGAGGAUGGUUGUUGUGGGGAACACAUUUGGAGAUUUAGGGUUUUGGAAUAUUGAUUCAGAAACUACUGAAGAUGUUGAUGGGAUUUAUAUGUAUCAUCCUCAUCCAGCACCUAUUUCUUCGAUUUGUAUUCAUCCAUUUUCUAUCAACAAGAUCAUUACGUGCUCUUAUCAUGGUUUUAUUCGCACGUUAGAUGUGGAGAAAGAGAUUUUUGAUUUGACAUAUUCUACCAAACAUGAGAUUUUUUCUAUGUCUCAGACAGCUGAUGAUGGGAACUCCUUGUAUCUUGGGGAAGGCAAAGGAGUUUUUCGUGUCUUGGAUGAAAGAUCCAAGAGCUCAUCAAUGACUUGUAACUUGCAUACUUCUAGGAUUAACACCAUUGAUUUCAAUCCAACAAACGCCAAUUUAAUGGCUACAAGUUCUUCAGAUAGAACUGUCUGCAUUUGGGAUUUGAGAAAACUUGGUAAAAAUAAUAAUCCAAGUUCUAUUACAAAGAUUACACGUGGUAAGCCUGUGCAUUCAGCUUACUUCUCUCCUUCAGGAAACCUUCUUGCUACAACAAGCACCGAUGAUAAGAUCGGAGUGGCAAGUGGAGCGAAUUAUGUUGAUGAGUUCUCUGUGUAUCAUGACAAUCAGACGGGUAAAUGGGUUUCAAUUUUCAAGGGUGUGUGGGGGUGGGAUGAUUCAUAUGUGUUUGUGGGAAAUAUGAAGAUAGGGAUUGAUGUUAUUUCAACACAAGAGAAGAGGAUUAUUACUACUUUGAAGAGCCCACAUAUGACUGUAGUACCAGGUCGUUUUGAUGCUCAUCCUUUGAAGCCUGGGAUGCUUGCUGGAUCGACAGAUCGAGGCCAGGUUUAUGUGUGGAGCUUAUAGUAUGUUGAUAUUAGUUUAGAUUUAGUUUGAGUUCAAGAUUCUUUCAAUCUUAUUUUUUAUCUUUGACAAUGUGAUUUUUUUGGUGAUAACUAGUAUACACCAAAGUAUGUGAUGACAAAAAAAGCAAGUAUAUAUAAAAUAGAAGAGAAAGGCAAUAGUUAA